GUUCCGCAGCGCCCUGGGAUUUUGGGUUUGGUCGCCAGCCGUGUAAAAACUCCAACGCCGGGCGCCGCGGGCAGCACCCACGGAGACCCGCGGGGAGCUGCGUGCAGCGCCUGACCAUGAGGAACACGAGCAAGGAACUUCAGGGCGCCACGCACCGCUACGCUCCCUGCGAUUGGUAUUACCAUGUUCCAGUGAAGCGCUCUGAGAAGGCCGUGGAUGCCCCACCGGCGUCCCAGAUCCCAGGUCUCAGCAAUUUGGGAGACUCACACGGCAGGGACCUGCCUGGGACUCGGAGAUACUGGAUAAAAGAAACAGAUUCGGAAUAUGUGAAGCUCGCGAAACAAGGCGGCAGGCCUGAUUUGUUGAAGCACUUUGUCCCUGGGACCAGGAAAGGCUCCCCGGUGGCCUACUCCCUGCCAGACUGGUACAUCCACCACAGCAAGCCACCGACAGCCAACCAGCAAGAAGUGCGGGCUGUCUCCAUGCCGGAUUACAUGGUUCAUGAAGAAUUUAACCCCGAUCAGGCCAACGGUAGCUAUGCAUCCAGAAGAGGGCCCUUCGACUUCGACAUGAAAACAGUUUGGCAAAGAGAGGCUGAGGAACUUGAAAAGGAGAAAAAAAAGCUGAGGCUACCGGCCAUUGACUCAAAGUACCUAAGCAAAGCAGACACCCAACUUGGCCCUAAGGACCCUACAGGAAGUAGACUCUCCUUCCCCCCCAUGCCUGGUCAAAAAAACAGUUCACCUACCAAUUUUUCCAAACUCAUUAGCAAUGGUUAUAAGGAUGAGUGGUUGCAGCAGCAGCGAGCUGACUCAGGCAAGAGGACCCCGAAGAUCUCCAGGGCGUCAGUGUCAUCUCAGUCCCCACGAGACCCGGAAGGUCCCCAGGAUGCAGCGAGGCUCCAGGACGCAGAGGCUCCUGAAGGUCCUGAGGAUGCCCCAGAGUCUUCUCAAAGCCCAGAAGAAUCUGUAUCUGCAUCAACACCAGCAGAGCUCAAAUAAAUCCUGAUGCAAUAUAUAUUUAGGAUAAUUUUAAAAUGGCUAAAUAUGACAUGACUAUAUUAUAGCUAUAUUUCUGAGGCUCUUUUUGUAUUUUAUUAAUAUAGACUCUCAUUGAAUAAUUUAACUUGUAGCAGAUUUAACAUUGCUGCAUAGAAGGGGCAGGUGUUGGUUUUUGUUUCUUGUGUUUCUCUGGGAUGUGAAACACAUGGCUAACAAACACAACUAUGGCCUCUGGUACCCUCUGCCCUGCUGGCCUGUUGAUGUCCCAGUAUCUCAGAACCAAUCACUUGCCCCUGUCAUCAACUAACAUAACCUCCUACUGUGUGAACCACUCUUAGCGGGCAUUGCUACUGGAUUCUUGACUAGAGGAAACUUACAGAACAGGUGUUAAACCUUUUCCAAUAUUUGGUAUUGCGAUCUUUACAGAAAUCAUUUUCUAGUUACAAAAAAAUUUAAUUCCAGAAUAUGGUGAUACAGUUUAUGUUAAGAAAAAUAUUUUAAUUUAU